CGUGCGCUGCCACCGAUGGCUUGGCUGUGGCUCCUGGUCCUGCUGGCCCUGGCCGGGCCCGUGGGUGGCACCUGGGACACCUGCGGAGGGACCUGCGGGCUCCGGCCCAUGGCUUCCGACCACAACUCCCUGCUGCCCGACUACGGCCCCGCGGCCUUGGCCGACGGCACCUCCCGCGUCGUGGGGGGCUCCGGGGUCCAGCCGGGGGCCUGGCCCGGCAUCGCCAGCAUCCAGGCCACCUGGCAGAACGGCACGUGGCACAUGUGCUCGGGUGUCCUCCUCAGCUCCCAGUGGGUCCUCACAGUUGCCCACUGCUUCUUUGGGGCCGGAGACUUCUACCGGUGGGAUGUGGUGAUCGGGGCCACGGAUCUGACUCAGCCGGGCCCUGAGGCCGAGGUGAGGCACAUCCAGAGGCUCCUGGUGCACCAGCACUACGUGGCUGCCACGGCAAGGAAUGACAUUGCCCUGCUGGAGCUGGAUCAGCGUGUGGAAUGUAGUGAUUACAUCCAGCUGGGCUGUGUGCCCGACACCUCACUGAGGGUCUCGGAGCUCAAAUCCUGCUACAUCGCAGGAUGGAGUUUCCCCGUGGACACAACUUUGGGACCAGAUGUGGUGCUGCAGGAGGCCAAGGUCCACCUGAUGGACACAGAGCUCUGUAACAGCAGCCGGUGGUACGCGGGGGCCGUGCACCCCGAAAACCUGUGCGCUGGGUACCCGCGGGGCGGCAUCGACACCUGCCAGGGGGACAGUGGGGGUCCCCUCGUCUGCAAGGACAACAGAGCCGACCACUUCUGGCUGGUGGGGCUGAGCAGCUGGGGAAGAGGCUGUGACAAAGCCAGGCACCCUGGGAUCUACACCUCCACUCAGCACUUCCACAACUGGAUCCUGGUCCAGACGGGCCUGAGCCCGGCAGAAAUAGCCACUCCAGCACCAGAGCCAGGCUGUACCGCGACCCCCGAGGAGAUCGCAGUGCCAGAGCCAGACAUCGCCCCCACCCCCCAGGAGAUCCCGACGCUAGAGCCAGAGCCAGUCAUCAUCCCAGCCCCAGAGGAGGAGGAGGAGGAGGAGGAGGAGCAGCCGACGCUUCUGGUCAUUUCAGUGCCGUACCAGAGCCUGGUGAAAUUCUGUAACCUGCUGAGGGAAUUCUUGCAGUUGCUGAGGGACAAAAUUGAUUGA